GCCUCGAGCUCGAGCUCGACCCCACAAAAGGCCCCUUCUACGUCAUUCCGCGCAUCAUGACGACGAACCAAAACGGCCCGAAGGACUUCACACUGGGCAUGCUGGCACCCAACAAGUCAACCGCAAGAGGACUGCGGGUGUCUUUUGUACACCUGCCCGACACGUGCCCGACGUUCCGCAACGUGGUGUCAUUCCCAAUGAACGGGGAGGCGGCGACACAUGUGCGAUUUCAGUACAAGAAGCGCGGCGGUGCGCCCCGCGUAAAGGCGGGCAUCACCGUCUUUGACGCCACCCACGUGACGGAGACGUACCUCCACCCCCAAUAA